GAUGGUUUCUUGCGGAUUUUCAGCUACCACAGCAUGGAAUUGACUGCUUUUAUGAAGUCAUAUUUUGGUGGACUGAUGUGCCUGGCAUGGAGUCCCGAUGCAAGGUACAUAGCCACCGGCGGCGAGGAUGACUUGAUCACUGUCUAUUCAGUUAUCGAUAAGCGCGUCAUUUGCAGAGGCCAGGGCCACAGAAGCUGGAUUUCAAAAGUGGCUUUUGAUCCAUACACGUCGUAUGCAACAGAUUCUUCCGGGCAUGCAGGCAUCCCCGUUGAUCUUGGGUCUGAUGAAGAUUUGCGGCCUUCAAGUUUGAAUAGCAGCGGCUUACUGUUUAAAAGUUAG